AUGCAGUUUCAAAAGUCCUCGAUCAGACAAAAAUGUUCUAAUAUUCCAUGUUUAAGAAAUGAACAAAUUAUUGUUGAUUUAAAAAAGAAGAAUAUUGUACUUCAUGUCAUCGAGUUUGAAUCACUAGAAGUAGAACUUCUUUUAGGAGCGGAAGUCACAGGAGUUUUCGAAAGUAUUGCUGAAAAUUUGGUUGCAAUCGAGACCCAUUUCGGUUGGACAGUUAUGGGAAAAUCUUAUCACUAUGAUAAUUGUAAUUUAGAUUUAUCUUUCCUGAACACUGAAUUUACCAUUGCAGAUUUCUGGAAUUUGGAGCUUUUAGGAAUUAAAGACACUCCAGAGAAUAUAACGACGGAAAAAAGACAUGAGGGUGUACUAGAAAGGUUUAAGAAAACGAUUAUUCAACAAGAAGAUAAACGGUUUGUCUUCCAUGGAUUGAUGGUCAUCCUGAGUUACAUAGCAAUUUGGAACAAGCACAAAAAAGAUUAA